AAAUGUAGCUAGUGAGAGCAAGCAGCCAAGCAUUCAUUUCGGCCCGCAUCAGUUUUGCUGGGAAACAACCCCGAAAAUUCCAAAAUUACGCCGCACCCCUUCGUUUCCUCCUCCAGCGGCGAUUUGCUCUUUUCCGUUCGUCUCAGAUUCUCACGCCAACGUCGCCGAGCUCUGCCCGUUAGACCGAAGCUCGCGAAGGGAUUCCUUUCUUGUCGUCGUCGUCCUUCUCCUCCGCUCUACUGGACAGAUCCAUCCGGGCAACUUGGAUCACCGCCUUCUGCGGGCUGUGAUCAUGUCUUCUUCAAUGGAGUCGUCUUACCUUCCUGCUACCACCGAGUCAAUUGCGAAGGCGCAGGAGGCUAAGGAUGCUUCAGAGUCUAUUUCGAUCCUUUACCAAGUGAUCCAAGACCCUUCUUCUUCUGCAGAUGCAUUGAGAACAAAAGAACUUGCGAUUACUAACCUUACAAACUACCUCACUAAAGAGAACCGUGCUGAGGAGCUGCGAAAUCUUUUGACCCAGCUCAGGCCAUUUUUCUCACUUAUUCCUAAGGCCAAGACUGCAAAAAUAGUCCGUGGAAUCAUUGAUGCUGUCGCCAAGAUUCCAGGAACAUCUGAUCUUCAGAUCUCGCUCUGCAAGGAGAUGGUGGAAUGGACCCGUGCAGAGAAACGUACGUUCGUCAGGCAGUGUGUGGAGGCAAGGUUAGCGGCUCUUCUGUUAGAUAAUCAGGAGUACACUGAAGCCCUGACCCUCCUCACUGAUCUUAUCAAGGAAGUCAGGAGACUUGAUGACAAGUUGCUUCUUGUGGACAUUGACCUUUUGGAGAGCAAACUCCACUUCUCUCUGAGAAACCUGCCUAAGGCCAAAGCUUCAUUGACCGCUGCAAGAACAGCGGUGAAUGCCAUAUAUGUUCCACCAGCUCAGCAGGGCACCAUUGAUCUGCAGAGUGGAAUCCUUCAUGCGGAAGAAAAGGAUUAUAAAACUGCUUACAGCUACUUCUUUGAAGCAUUCGAGGCUUUCAAUGCACUGGAAGACCCAAGAGCCAUCUUCAGCUUGAAAUACAUGCUCUUGUGCAAGAUAAUGGUUAACCAGGCUGAUGAUGUUGCCGGAAUAAUCUCAUCCAAGGCUAGCCUGAAGUAUGUAGGUCCUGAUGUUGAUGCUAUGAAAGCUGUAGCCGAUGCGUAUUCUAAAAGAUCUCUCAAGUACUUUGAAACAGCCCUUCGUGAUUACAAAGCGCAGCUUGAGGAGGACCCUAUUGUGCACAGGCAUCUUUCUUCUCUGUAUGAUACUCUACUGGAGCAGAAUCUCUGCAGGUUGAUUGAGCCCUACUUGCGGGUGGAGAUUGGGCAUAUCGCAGAGAUGAUUGAAUUGCCGGUAGACCAUGUGGAGAAGAAGUUGUCUCAGAUGAUCCUCGACAAGAAAUUCGCGGGUACUCUGGAUCAAGGUGCUGGUUGCCUCAUUAUCUUUGAGGACACCAAAACAGAGGCCAUCUUCCCUGCUACACUUGAAAAUAUUGCAAAUGCUGGGAAGGUUGUGGACAGUCUUUACAUGAGGUCUGCGAAGAUCAUGGCUUGAAUGCCAUUACUCAUGUGACAGUCCAUGUUUUGCCUAUGAUUUCAGCUUGUUUUAGUCCUAUUGGUGUGUUUCUAGACAUUUAAUCCUGCCCAUUGACACCUUUUUCUAUAUGUUUGUCUUUUCUUUUAGUUAAAAAAUUAUACUUGCUCACCAACUGGGCAGUUUGUUGUUUCAAUGGGUGGGUGUGUAUAUGUCUUGUUGUAAGAGCAUCACCAGCAGACCCCUCAAA